AUGCGAUAUUUAUAUUUAGAGACCGUCUUUGUCGUGGCAUACGCUGUAUUUGCUGCAGAUACAGGUGUUAAAGCAACUACUUCGUGUGCUGACAGGGUGUCGACUGGCGAUCAAAGUGUUGGGAUCAGUGCAGUGGCAGACGCUUCCUGCAUAUCUGGCGGUUUGGGAUGUUUUCCAUUCGGAGAUCAAUGCCGAUUCUGUCGGGAGUCGGAACACAGUCAAGCCAUGCAUUUAGAACUGUGCUCUGAGAUUGAAGUAUUGACGCCUCCAUCAACUGAGUCGACAGGAAAAACAGAUUUUGUGACGUCUAGUACGGAGCAGUCGACUGCUCAACAAACUGAGUCUAUGACAAAAACGCCAGCAAGUCCGGAGCAAUCGCCUGCUUGUCAAACAGAGUCUACGACAAAUACUUCAAUUAGUUCAAAGGAAGAAGCACUUGAUUGUUUGUCACUCGUGUCGGUUGGUGAUCAAAGAGUGGGUAUUUCUGCCGUAGCAGCGACUUACCCAACGUGCGCAGCGAGUGGCUUGGGUUGUUUUCGGAGUGGUCAAUGUCGAUUCUGUCAAACGAGAUCUACUCCCCAGAGCACGGCAUUCUUAACAUGCUCGUCUCUUGGUGGGUCUUCUACUCCAACUCCAAACCUGUCGCCAACUACACCUCCGAGUAGUACCCCUACACCAACAGUUGCCUCCACUAGUACAACGUGCUCGUCGGUUGUAUUGAGAUCUGGUCUUGAAGGUAUCUCGUUCGUUUUAGAAGGUCGCUGCAAUGUUGCUGCGCCAACGCUCCUUGGUUGCUCUGCUCGAACUUCUUGCCGUCUAUGUCGCGAUAACAAGAACGAAGCCAACCAGUAUCUUAUUAGCUGCAACGUAUUAAAAGCCCAGGGAACUACUGAAAGUGCUGUAGACCCUACAACAAGGGUGGAUUCGGCUGGUAAUCCCACCGUUUAUACAGAAACGCAAAGUGCCCCCCAGAAGGCUCUAAGCGGCUCUCCAGCUGUAAGCCUUCUUGCAGCUGCGGCACUUGUUGUUGUGGCUAUCAUGAGCGCCCUAUACGUUAAAAAACGUCGUGAGUCUUGUGAAGAGCCAUCGACACCUGAUAAUUGUCCUGAUUGUGAUGUGUUUACUCCUCAUGGCGGUCAUGGCUACAUGUCGCGUCAAGGAUCGUUGGUGCAGGUUCAAAGUCAAUCGUCGAUUGCCACUCUGUGA